CGGCGGCGGGGCGGCAGGUGGUGCCGAGCAGCCGCAGGACGGAGCGGAUCGCAGCCGCCAUUAGACAAUAGGCGGCGGCUCGGGGCACAGCGGCGCGGGGCGGCCGCGGGGCCGGGCCCGGCGCGGACAAAGGCGGACGGGGAAAGAACGGAACGGAGCGGAGCGGAGCGGAGCGGAGCGGAGCGGGGCGAGGGGACCGCUGCGGGCGGUGGAACGGGCUGCAGCCUGACAUGAUGUUUCCACAAAGCCGACACUCGGGCUCCUCUCACCUGCCGCAGCAGCUCAAGUUCACCACCUCCGACUCGUGCGACCGCAUCAAGGACGAGUUCCAGCUCCUGCAGGCCCAGUAUCACAGCUUGAAGUUGGAAUGCGACAAACUCGCCAGCGAGAAAUCGGAGAUGCAGCGUCACUACGUCAUGUACUACGAGAUGUCCUACGGGCUGAAUAUUGAGAUGCACAAACAGGCUGAAAUUGUCAAGAGGCUCAAUGGGAUCUGUGCGCAGGUUCUGCCCUACCUUUCACAGGAGCACCAGCAGCAAGUCCUGGGAGCCAUUGAACGAGCCAAGCAGGUGACGGCGCCGGAGCUGAACUCCAUCAUCCGCCAGCUCCAAGCUCACCAGCUCUCGCAGCUCCAAGCCCUGGCGCUGCCUCUGACUCCGCUGCCCGUGGGGCUGCAGCCCCCAACCCUCCCUGCUGUCAGCGCCGGCUCUGGCCUCCUGUCGCUGUCGGCCCUGGGCUCCCAGGCACACCUGGCCAAGGAGGACAAGAACGGCCACGACGGGGACGCCCACCAAGACGACGAUGGGGAGAAAUCAGAUUAGAGUGAAGGGGUCGGGGCUGCUGGGGGUGGGGGGGGGGUCUGUGCCAGAUGCAGCGCCCGCAGGCAGCAGCACCCGAGGGCGGCACCGUGGCAGCUGCUCUGUGCCCCCCGCACCCGGCCCAGCCGUUCUGGGGGCACCGCACCCACUGCUCCCCCCGGUAUUUAACGCCCACCCUCAAUCCGACCGGUUUCUGCACAACCCCCCACCCCAACGACCCCCCCCUCCCACCCCCCAUCUCUCUCCGGCUCCUCGCUGUUCUGCAUGUCUCUGUUUUUAACCAGUCCCGCAGCAAAGCGCCGCAGUUCCACGUGUCCAGCCGGGUUCUCUCGGGUUGGGGGGGUCCCUGCUGCCAGCUCCCCUUGGCACAACAACACACUGCUGGGGGGCCGGGAGCCUGGGGGGGGCUGAGGGGCAUUGGGGCGCCUGGGAGCCCCCCCGGCCCCCUCCCCACGCCCCCUUGUAGAGGAUACAGCAGCUUUCUCUGUUCUUAUCUCCGUGCGCUAGCGUGUCUUCUAAAGAAAUAAUGAUACAAGAAAUGGAACGACGACAAGAGAAGAAUGAAGCUAAAUAAUAAUCUGGUGUUUGUAUAUAGUCCUUUAGACAGAUCUUGUUUUGCUUUUUGUGUUUAAUCACUUGACCUGUACUAAGAGGAACUGAAAAUGCUGUAUCAAGGACGUACAAGCUGUGCCUUUCAAAUAAAGAAAUAAGAAGGUUGGUUAAGA